AUGAUACGCUCAUUAAAGUUGCUCGUUUUGGCCUUGUUGUUGGCGGUUUGUGUGGUUCAUGCUGUGAUUGAGCCCAGCUUGUACAGUCCAGACGAUAAUGUCAAAAUAUUGAAUAACGAUUCGCUGGAAAUCGAGCUCUACAAUUCAAGCAAUUGUAAUUUUGUGCAGUUCUAUAACUAUUUCUGUGGCGACUGUCGAAGGUAUGCAGCUACUUUCAAGAAGCUUUCAUGGAAGCUUUACGACUGGCGACGUGUUCUUUCCGUUUUGGCAGUUGACUGUGCCCAGGAGAUAAAUGUUAAGAUUUGUCGUGAUUAUCAUAUUCGGCAAACUCCAACAUUGAUCGUCUUUCCGCCGCAUUUUCAACGCACCGAAAAUGAUCUCGGCUUUGAGAUCGACAAACGUGAACCAGAUGAAAUUAUUUCGACACUUGCCGAAUAUAUUUCGAAAAUUAAGUUCACGCAACAAGAACAUCCCAACUUUGAGCCAAUCAAUAAGACGGAAAAUGUGUUUACUGCAGAUGAAGAUCUCACAGAGGAUUGUAAAUCUAAACCGUAUACGGUGUUGGUCUAUCAACCGUUGAAUUCGACAAUUGGCCGAGAUCUAAUAUUGGAACUGUUAACUUGGCCCAUGGUAACUGUGCGUAUUGUGGACAACCGGGCAUUGUUAGGCAGUCUUGGUCUGAUCCCUGAAAGUGACGAAUUGGCCAUAAUGGACUGUGUUGGCAAUGUGAGUCCCUUGGAACCAGAAAAUAGCACCUUGACAGCAUAUGUUGCAAGUGCUACCAGAUUUCUUCAGUCCGCGAAUUACCAACCUGUGGCGCCACUUGUUACCACUCAAGCGCCAACUGUAGCCAAGUAUUUUAUAGACGAAGAGCAGCAGGCAAUUAUUUCAACAGUUUUGAGUCAACAACCCAAAGUUUAUCGCGCGGAUUUGGAGCAGGCAAUUGACAGCUUGUUGCACACUGAGUUGCCCAAGGUGCCUGUCUUCAAAGGUGACAACAUGCUGGCCUUGCAACAACUGAUCAAUGUGUUGCGCCUCUUUAAUCCCUUGAAUGCCAGCGGCAAAUUAUUGCUGGAUCGAAUAUAUACAUUUGUUAAUUCUAUUGGUAACAAUGGGGAACUGAGUGGAGUCGCCUUUCAGUUGCAAGUGCAAAAUCUGGAGAAAAAGUUGCCCAAGGUAUUCAAAUCGAAACGUUAUGUGGGCUGCAUUGGAUCGGGUCCCUUUCUGCGUGGAUUCACCUGCUCCAUAUGGACAUUGUUCCAUUUUCUAUCUGUGGAAUCAUCCAAGACAGCUGUUCUUCCACCUGGCGCUGUUUUGCGUACACUUCAUGGUUUUGUCCAACACUUUUUCGGCUGCAAGGAUUGUGUGCAACAUUUCCUGGGCAUGGCGGAGAGACGUAAGUUGUUCUCUGUAAACACCUAUGAUGCGGAGAUACUCUGGCUUUGGGAGGCACACAACGAGGUGAAUCAACGCUUGGCUGGCGACUCCACCGAGGAUCCCAAGUUCCCCAAGCAACAAUAUCCUGGUCCAGAUAUUUGUGGCAAGUGCUACGACACAACUUGGAGUCGCAACGAGGUCUUAUCAUUUUUUAAAGCGAUUUACGAUAGGAAAAACUUGAGCACCUAUGGACUGCCAACUCCCAUUGGCUACGAUUGAAUGGGGAGUUUAAAAAUAUUAGAGAUAUAUAAAAGUACUUCACUUUUGUUAGUUUUAUAAUUAUAUAUAGAUAUCCUAUAAGAAUAAUGCCACCCAAUAUAUUAAAAGUUUCAGAAUAUUUUCUGUUUAACAUUUGAA